AUGACUGCAUUGAGAGUCAAAUGGAGACAUAUCAUAUUUUUAGUAACAUGGCUAGCAUAUGCAUCUUCAUAUUUAUUAAGGAAACCUCUGGGAGUGAUUAAGGCAGACUUGGAAUCAGAACUCGGUUUAAGCAAGACUCAGUUAGGAUGGUUGGAUACGUCAUUACUCUUACCGUAUGCAGCUAUACAGUUAUUUUUAGGAUCAUUUGGUGAUAGGUUUGGUGCCAGGAAAGUUUUAUCGAGCUGUUUAAUAAUAUCAAGUAUUUCUAUGGUCACUUUUGGGAUGUGGUCAAGUUAUCCUGUGUUUGCUUUUUUAUUAUUUUGCAAUGGAGCAGCUCAGUCCCAGAUUUGGCCAAGCUGUAUCAAGGGAUUGGGCGAGUGGUUUAGUGGGCAACAAUUGAAUACCAUUCUUGGUACAUGGGGCACAUGUGUCUUUGCUGGUGGAGUUAUGGGCACAUCAUUAGCAGUUUAUUUACAGAGUAUGUAUGGAUGGAGAAGCACAUUUCUUUUACCCUCUUUCAUAGUGAUAUUUCUUGGGAUCUUAGUGUCUUUGUUGCUCAAGAAACCAAAUAAAUCACACAUCGAAGUAGAUACAGUAAAUAUUUCAGAAUCCACUUCUACACAACAACAAUUAACAUUUUGGCAAAUAUGGAAAGUUCCAAUGUUGGCAGAGAUUUCAAUAACUAUGUUUUGUGUUAAGAUUGUCCGAUAUUGUAUGUACAUGUGGUUACCAAUGUACCUUCACCAAUUUCUUGGAUAUGGAAAAUCUGAAGCUGGAAUGUUGUCCACAACAUUUGAAAUUGGUGGUGUAGCUGGUAGUAUUGUUUUAGGAUACACUGUAGACAGGUGGUUUGCUGGUAAAACUAUAUUGGGUGUUAUGGUAGCUAUUAUUCUAAGUGCAAUUGGAUUUAUAUUAUUUUUAUUGACAAGUGACUAUGGCUGGAUGUUUCAAGUCACAUGCCUGUUGUUAUGUGGUAUGUGUAACUGUGGACCGGAUGCUAUCUUGUCUGGUACUUUACCACUGGAAAUAGCAAUGGGACGAAAUAUACAAUCAUCAUUGUCAGGCUUUAUAAAUGGUUUUGGAACCAUUGGUACUAUACUUCAAGGACCAAUCAUUGGUGUUAUUGUCCAGUAUUAUAAUUGGAUGGUGGUCUUUUACUUCAUGAUUUUAACCUCUCUCAUUGGUGCCCUAUCAAUGUUCAGGGCAUCUUUAGUUAAAAAACAAUCAAAUUUAAAAAUUGAAUCAAGGGAUGAUUUAUUAAUAUAAAUUAUAUUAUAAAUAAAUAUUAAAAUAUAUAUAUAUAUAUAUAUAUAUAUUUAAUUAUAUUGAAUGGUGG